AUGGCUACCAAAAAAGAUGAUUUCGUUACAAUAGCAAGUAUUAUAAAACGUGAAAUUCAGAAACGCAAGAAACAAAAAAAAUCCAAAGAUGAGUUGAUAAAUUGUAUUCCUAUUUCUAAUGCUUCAGCUGAAGAUGAAACAGAACUGAUAUUAUUUAAAAAAAAGAAGAAGAAAAAGAAGCGAGAUAAAAUAAUGGUACAAAAUGAAAAUAAUUUCAAAAACGAUAUAGCUACAUUGAAAGUAGAGCAGUUUUAUACGGAGACCUACUCAUUAUUUAAAAAAAAGAAGAAGAAAAAGAAGAGAGAUAAAAAAAUGCUACAAAAUGAUGAAAAUAUGAAUAACCAUAUAGGUACAUUGGAGGUAGAUGAGUUUUACACUGAGACCCGUGAUGAAAAUAACAAACAUUUGAUUAAAGACAAAACAUUGGAUUCUAAUUUAAGCAAAGAUGAAUUCUCAAGAAAUAUUAAUAUUUCUAAAAUUUCAGAAGUCGACUCUUUAUUUAAAAAAAAGAAGAAGAAAAAGAAGAGAGAUAAAAAAAUGCUACAAAAUGAUGAAAAUAUGAAUAACCAUAUAGGUACAUUGGAGGUAGAUGAGUUUUUUACUGAAACCUGUGAUGAAAAUAACAAACAUUUGAUUAAAGACAAAACAUUGUAUUCUAAUUUAAACAAAGAUGAAUUCUCAAGAAAUAUUAAUAUUUCUAAAAUUUCAGAAGGCGACUCUUUAUUUAAAAAAAAGAAGAAGAAAAAGAAGAGAGAUAAAAAAAUGCCACAAAAUGAUGAAAAUAUGAAUAACCAUAUAGGUACAUUGGAGGUAGAUGAGUUUUAUACUGAGACCAGUGAUGAAAAUAACAAACAUUUGAUUAAAGACAAAACAUUGGAUUCUAAUUUAAGCAAAGAUGAAUUCUCAAGAAAUAUUAAUAUUUCUAAAAUUUCAGAAGUCGACUCUUUAUUUAAAAAAAAGAAGAAGAAAAAGAAGAGAGAUAAAAAAAUGCUACAAAAUGAUGAAAAUAUGAAUAACCAUAUAGGUACAUUGGAGGUAGAUGAGUUUUUUACUGAAACCUGUGAUGAAAAUAACAAACAUUUGAUUAAAGACAAAACAUUGUAUUCUAAUUUAAACAAAGAUGAAUUCUCAAGAAAUAUUAAUAUUUCUAAAAUUUCAGAAGGCGACUCUUUAUUUAAAAAAAAGAAGAAGAAAAAGAAGAGAGAUAAAAAAAUGCCACAAAAUGAUGAAAAUAUGAAUAACCAUAUAGGUACAUUGGAGGUAGAUGAGUUUUAUACUGAGACCAGUGAUGAAAAUAACAAACAUUUGAUUAAAGACAAAACAUUGGAUUCUAAUUUAAGCAAAGAUGAAUUCUCAAGAAAUAUUAAUAUUUCUAAAAUUUCAGUAGGUGACUCUUUAUUUAAAAAAAAGAAGAAGAAAAAGAAGAGAGAUAAAAUAAUGGUGCAAAAUGAUAAUAAUUUCAAAAACGAUGUAGGUAUAUUGAAGGAAGAUGAGUUUUAUACUGAGAACUGUGAUGAAAAUAACAAACAUUUGUAUUUGGACGAAACAAUGGACUCUAAUUUCAGCAAAGAUGAAUUCACAAGAAGCAUUUCUAUUACCAAUGAUUCAGAAGGGGACUUGUUGUAA